AUGGAAUCUAGGAGAAGGGGAUGGAAUCUGGGAGAAGGGGAUGGAAUCAGGGAGAAGGGGAAGGAAUCUGGGAGAAGGGGAUGGAAUCUAGGAGAAGGGGAUGGAAUCUGGGAGAAGGGGAUGGAAUCUGGGAGAAGGGGAUGGAAUCUGGGAGAAGGGGAUGGAAUCUGGGAGAAGGGGAUGGAAUCUGGGAGAAGGGGAUGGAAUCUAGGAGAAGGGGAUGGAAUCUGGGAGAAGGGGAUGGAAUCUGGGAGAAGGGGUUGGAAUCUGGGAGAAGGGGAUGAGAAGGGGAUGGAAUAUGGGAGAAGGGGAUGGAAUCUGGGAGAGGGGAUUGAAUCUGGGAGAAGGGGAUGGAAUCUGGGAGAAGGGGAUGGAAUCUGGGAGAAGGGGAUGAAAUCUGGGAGAAGGGGUUGGAAUCCGGGAGAAGGGGAUGGAAUCUGGGAGAAGGGGAUGGAAUCUGAGAGAAGGGGAUGGAAUAUGGGAGAAGGGGAUGGAAUCUGGUUGAAGGGGAUGGAAUCUGGGAGAAGGGGAUGGAAUCUGGGAGAAGGGGAUGGAAUCUGGGAGAAGGGGAUGGAAUCUGGAAGAAGGGGAUGGAAUAUGGGAGAAGGGGAUGAAAUCUGGAAGAAGGGGAUGGAAUCUGGGAGAAGGGGAUGGAAUCUGGGAGAAGGGGAUGGAAUCAGGGAGAAGGGGAUAGAAUUAGGGAGAAGGGGAUGGAAUCUGGGAGAAGGGGAUGGAAUCAGGGAGAAGGGGAUGGAAUCAGGGAGAAGGGGAUGGAAUCUGGGAGAAGGGAUGGAAUCUGGGAGAAGGGGAUGGAAUCUGGGAGAAGGGGAUGGAAUCUGGGAGAAGGGGAUGGAAUCUGGGGGAAGGGGAUGGAAUCUGGGAGAAAGGGAUGGAAUCUGGGAGAAGGGUAUGGAAUCUGGGAGAAGGGGAUGGAAUCAGGGAGAAGGGGAUGGAAUCAGGAAGAAGGGGAUGGAAUCAGGGAGAAGGGGAAGGAAUCUAGGAGAAGGGGAUGGAAUCUGGGAGAAGGGGAUGGAAUCUGGGAGAAGGGGAUGGAAUCUGGGAGAAGGGGAUGUUAUCUGGGAGAAGGGGAUGGAAUCUAGGAGAAGGGGAUGGAAUCUAGGAGAAGGGGAUGGAAUCUGGGAGAAGGGGAUGGAAUCUGGGAGAAGGGGAUGGAAUCUGGGAGAAGGGGAUGGAAUCUAG